AUGGCUCCGACCCUCACUACUGAUGACGCCAACGUCCUCAACCGCCAGGCAAUGCGCGGUGAUACCAAUGAGCUGGCCAAAGCCGUCGACCGCCUAGCGGCUCGUGAGGCAGCCCAGGGAGUAGGCAAGGCGGAGAUUCUACUCAGGACUAAAGACGAUGCUGGCAACAAUGUUGUCCACGCUGCCUGUACUAUGGGCAACGCUAACAUCAUCGCGUUUGUUUGCGGCCACGAGGCCUUCAACUUCCAGCCCGGCAUGCUCAAGUCCAUCCUGAACGCGAAGAACAACAACUCGGAGACCCCCAUCCACGUGGCCAUCAAGCACAACCAGCCCGCAUGUGUCGACCCGCUGCUCCAGAACGGAGCAGAGCUGAACGCAGAGGGCCCAUUCGGUUUUCGCGUUGCCCACAUCGCCGCGGACCGCGGCCAUCUUGAUCUACUUCGCAUGGUCCUCCAGAGAGGCGCAAACCCCAAUGCUGUUUCGAGGUCUGGAGACACGCCCGCCCAUGUCGCCGCCCGCAAGGGCUAUCUGGGUUGCUUAAAGGUUCUCUUCUAUGAGUUCCAGGCCGAUCUACGCGCAUAUAACAUGGCCAAUAUGAGACCAGCGAACAUCGCCGAGAACAACAGCUACGAGGAGAUCAUGGUGUGGAUGAGGGAGGCAGGCCUCUUCUGA